AUGCAUGACAAUGUAUUUAUUGAUCCCUCGCACCCAGAACCCAAACCCUCAGUAGACGAAGAUCAUAUGUUUGUGGAGGAUGACAUCAAGGUCGAACAUCACCCAAACAGUGGCAUCAAGACCAAGGUUUAUGCAUUUGAGGAGUUCCAGUGUCGUCCAGUGGUAGCAACUUCUGAUCCCCCGCCUAACAAGAAGCCAUGGCUUCCAUUCAAAUCUCGACUAGAAUUUGAAGUCACCCAGAUAGCUCUCGAGGCUGCGCUGAACAAUGAGCAAACCAAUCGGCUCAUCAAAAUCUGCUGCCGGUGUACUUUUGGGAAAGACAAAUUCACCUUCAAAAACCACAAGGACAUUCACAAGAAAUGGGAUGCAGCAUCUCAACAUGUCACAGGGGUGGUUCAAUUUCUUCUAAUGCCUUACACUGCAGAAGCCUUCUGGGACUUUCAAUCGCAACUGCCUGAAGGUGCUAAGCCACUGACUUUCAUACUGUAUGCCGACAAGACCAAGUUGUCAAGUUCCAGUGCUGCAAAAGCCUAUCCUGUCAUUGCUCGGUUAGUGAACUUGCCUACAGACAUAUGCAAUGGAGAGGGUAUAGGUAGUGGUUAUGUUGUUGGCUGGCUACCAAUUGUGAAGGAGGACAAAGAAUUUGCAAAAAAGCCUGGUUGGAUGUGUGAUGUUGUUGAUUUGAGGAGUACAAAGUCUGUGGCUAUGCCCUAUUUGCCUGGUCCCUCGAGACCCGCUCUUGGAUGCAUCAAAGAGAUAUCCUCUUUGAACAAGCAAAGGCUCACAGGCAAUCGUCAACUUAGCAUGAAUGAAGCACACUUUGGAGGAGAGAGAGAAAGGAGUAUGGACUUUGUGACAUGGAUGUUUAAAGAAUUUCCGCGCUGGCGUAAUCAGAAGCACCCAAAUCAGGUCAUGGACAUUGCAUUUACCGACAGCUCCAUACCUGAGAACAUUUCAAAGAUGAUACCAUAUGCUGCGCAUGAUGUCAUGACAGAGGAGGACUGUCCGCUUGGUUACCUGCUUCUUCAGUGCAUAUGUCUGUAUAUUGAAGUUGACAUGUAUGCAUCGUUAGAAGUUCACACGUCAAAUACAAUUUGUGAAGGGAGAAAUGUAGUUGAGGUACUCUCUGUGUUCUUAAAGCAAUAUAUUGACAAAACAGUGGAUAUUGAGGAUAAGGGUUGGAACUUCCCAAAACUCGAUAUGGAUGUGCAUCUGUUUGAUGACAUUGAAGCGAAAGGAGUCACAUGGAACUACAACAUGAAGCCAAAUGAGAAGAUGCAUGGACCAUUGAAGGAUUCAUAUUUGCUGCAGACUAACUUCCAAAAUGUUGCUGAGCAGAUUCUGCAUGUAAAUCACUGGCAACUGGUCACAGACGAUAUUCAUUGUUGUCUUUCAGACUUUGAUGAAUAUCAUCGCUCACAAGCACAAAAUCAAUCCGCUGAUGAUGCACUUGACGCUGCAGACGACCUGAUUCCACUGACAGGUGUUCUCCAUGUGAAAGUUGGGUCGAAACAACCCCCACAGACUUUUGACUCGGUUGAGAAUGUUUACUGUAGUGACAACACAUUUUCAAACUUCCACACCAGACUCAAUGACUUUUUGAACGACUUCUUACCUGCUUCCAAUAUACCUCUACCACAAGGGAAACAGAUUCACCUCCGAGCAAGUGAUGAGAUAACAGAAUUUUGCUUUUUGAAAGUCAACUAUGAAUCAAUGGUUGAUUGGCGGCAGUACACUGAUUAUCUUCGCUGCAGUCCACAAUUCUUCAGCACACCACAUUUUGACUGUGUUUUCAUUCAGAUGACUCCAAAGAAAGUGAUUUUUGGCCGCCUUCUCUUUGUGUUCAAGUGUACAGUUGGGAAACAUACUUUUCCUCUUGCCUUGGUGCACCCAUUUGACGCUCCUACUAGUGUACACCUUCGCAAGGAUAAGAACUUCAAUUUAUUCAGAGUUUGA